GAGCCAAUCGCUUGCGCUGUUUCUUGCUCCUCUGCCUAUUUCCCCCCCCAUCUUAGGCUCUUCUGCUCCCCGCUCACCCCGACUCCUCUCCACCAUCCAAUUUACCUUCUUUCUACUUUCGAGUAAAUAUUUUGCUCCCGCCUCUUGAGUAGGCCGAGUCUAAAACAGGCAGAUCGGUUGCUUAGACACGGAAAAUGGACGGAUGAAAAGAUGGUUUUCAUAGGAGGCUUGAAAACUCUUCUUCCACAUGCUGUCAGAAAUCUAAUUCGAACAAAUAAACUCAGCAUUAGCAAUACUUCUGGAAUGGCAGAAGGAUUUAAACAGGCAAAUAUUGUAAUUCUUCACAAAUCUCUUGCGGAUGACUUUGAAAAAUUUUGCCAAGCAAAUGAUGGACCACUUCCAUUACUGUAUAGAAGUGAACCAGGGGAAUGGAAAUGCCCGUCCCUGUGCAAUGAUUCUGAUAUUAGAACUGACUGUUUGCAGUACAAGAAAUAUGAGAAUGGGGUAUGUACCGGAAUUCUAACAAGCCUGAAGGAAUUUUCUGAACAGCUUAAAGACAUGGUGACUUUCUAUCUAGGCUGCAGUUUCACAUUUGAAAAGGCACUCCAGAAAGUUGGCAUUCCUGUAAGAAAUGUCGAACAAAAAUGUAAUGUAAGCAUGUACAAGACAGCUGUGCCUUGUUGGAGUACUGAAAACUUUCACUGCAAUCUAGUAGUAACCUUGAGACCUAUUCCUAAAGACAAAUUGGAAGCAGUAGUGCGAACUACCUAUCCACUGAAAAAAUCACAUGGAGCACCAAUUCACAUUGGUAACCCUGAUUUAUUAGGAAUUCAAGAUCUUUCCAGUCCAGACUAUGGUGAUGCAGUACAGGCUCAGUCUGGGGAUGUUCCAGUCUUUUGGGCUUGUGGGGUCACGGGCACAGAAGCUGUCAGCUAUUGCAAGUCUCCACUGGCUUUCACCCAUUCUCCUGGUUGCAUGUUUAUCACCGACCUGAAAGUUGAAGAUGCUGCAGCUGGUAAAGAAGUCCCUGAAGUCUAUCGUAUUUGUCAGAAUCCUUUGCACUACAGCAUCAUAUCAGCAGCAGCUGUACAAAAAAUCAGAUGUCUAGAAGACAUGGUAGGAGUAGACCCAGGGGACAGAGGUGUGACUCAUUUGCGUUCUCAAGAUGAACUUCUAAAGGCAUGUCUGUCCAUUUCCCAUGCACAGUCAGUGUUAAUUACUACUGGAUUUCCUACCCACUUCAAAUAUGAGCCACCUGAAGAGAAUGAUGGGCCUCCAGGGGCCAUUGCAAUGGCAGCUAUUUUGAAGGCCUUGGGGAAAAAUGUAGCUAUAGUAACUGACCAAAGAGCUCUGAAUUUGAAUAAAAACAUCAUCAAGGAAGCUGUAGAACAAGGGAUCCUGGAGACACCAGUCCCAAUAAUUAGCUACAAUAGUGAUACUCCAGAUUCAGCUUUGCUAUUUUUGUGUGAGAAUGGAAAUCCAGAAAAGCCCAGAUUUAAUCACUUGAUAGCAAUUGAGCGUGCUGGGAUGGCUGUUGAUGGUAAUUAUUAUAAUGCAAGAAAAAUUAAUAUUAAGCAUUUAGUGGAUCCCAUUGAUGAACUCUUUGUCGCUGCGCAAAGUAUCCCAGGAAUUACUACAACAGGGAUUGGGGAUGGAGGAAAUGAAUUGGGAAUGGGAAAAGUAAAAGAAGCAGUAAAGAAGUACAUUAAAAAUGGAGAUGUUAUAGCUUGUGAUGUGGAAGCUGAUUUUACAGUUGUUGCAGGGGUUUCUAACUGGGGAGGCUAUGCUGUUGCUUGUGCACUGUACAUCCUCAAUACCUGUGAAAUACAUGACCGCUAUCUGAGGAAAGCUGUGGGAUUUCCUAGAUGGUGUACAAACAUGAACUGGGCAUCAGCACUUCCAUCUGUGGCUAAGGAAGAAAAGUUGCUGAACAUAUUACAGCGACACCAAGUACGCAGUGGGAAAACUGCCAGUCUGGCAAUGGAAGUAGACGGUCUGCCAUUCUAUGACAUUCAUUCACUUAUGCUUGAGAAGCUGCUGGAGGAAACUCUGAAGUAACCCUUCCCAAGGGAUGUGCUAGAAUUCUGCCCAUUUUGGAUUUGGUAUUAAAUUUUCCAUUAAUCUGCUUAUUCACUAUUGUUGUGGAUUGGAUUUUUGUGUAGUGAUUUUUUGUGGCUAUUUUUGGAAACUGAUUUUUUUUUUAAAAAAAUCCAUGUCUAAAAUAUUGAUAUUAAUAUUGAUAUUUUCAUAAUUUAUCAACAUUUCCUUUCAAUAUAUUGUUUUUUCCUUUAAAAAUAUCAAUAAUAAUAUCAAUAUUUUUCCAAGAGGAAAAAACAGAUGGGUAAAAGCAGUGGCUAAUGGACAAAGAACGAAUUCAAAUCUAUAUCAGCCUGUUAGGUUAAUGGAUUGUUUUCGAACCGGCCCUAGCCCAUGGAUCCCAUCCUUCCCCUCCCCUAACAAGUUAAGAUAUAUUGGUAGUUUUUUUAGUAAAGUCUAUAUAAUAGCAUUGGAUUGACAACAGCUUACAUUACAUCCCUAAUCAGCAAGUGUGUCAUUACCACCCAUGAUCCUGUUGUAGAUUAAUACGUUAUUGCCUCUGGCGGCUGGAAUCAACAUUAUGUUUUUCAAAUGUAUUUGUACAGGUGCCUGCCUUUAUCAUAUCCAACACAUUUAUUAACAAAAUGGUUUCUCUUAUUUAGACAUGAUGGCUCAUCUGUAAAAUCCCAUGCUAGAAUUCAGGUUCUAGCUGCUUAGUCUGCUCUCACAAGAUGUCAGCUAUCUGUUUCUCUCUGUAUUUCAAACUGAUAAAACAGACACACUGGUUUCAUUCAGACAAAACGCUGAACUCAGUUUAGCAUUAUACCAAACCAGGACAAACUCUGUUAAAUCUUAACUAUGAAACAAGCCAACUUCAAAUCAUGGUUCAUUAAGAGGGCUUAUUUCAAUAAAUCAUCGUUAAAGUUAACCUUAGUUUAGGUUUCAGAUAGGAUGCUAAAAUGAAAGUGGAAACUUCCAGUCUCCCCUCUUCCUCGCAGUUGCCCUGGAAAUGGAGCAGGCAAUGAGGGGUACACAAGCUCAGUGCUCACCCAGGCUUAUUAAAUGUAAUGCUAAACCAUACUUAGUAUUAUGCUUGACAUAGCCUCCACUCGGUCAAGAAAAAUCUUUACCCACCUUUCCAGUUUAAAUAAUGCCAAUAAUUAAACAUCAGAAUUUUUGCAUAUGUUUCUUAAUCUGUGGAGAAUGGGCAGUGGAGAACCUCCAGUGCUAGUUUGUUUAUCCUUCUGGAAUUAUUUUGUCCAAUAGAAAUAUUUCUAUCAUCUUAAACAGAUGUUUGUACUGGUCCAGUUUUCAUGAAUUCUUUCUGAGUGAUAAGCUCAUGACUUAAAAAGUUGCUUCAUUUAAUGGCUGCUACAAAUCAGACUUUUUUUAAAAAUGAAUGUGGUCUGUUACCAUGGAUGGGGACAACUUACAACAAAUCAAUAUUACAAUAAAUUAUUGCUACAGUGUUUGUAGUUUCUACUGCAGUGAUGAUUGUUAUAGUAUUUUGCUUAAGCAGUAACUAUAAAUUUGAAUAAGUCAUUCAGAACAAAAGUGAAUUUCUGUGCAGAUCGGGAAGUAUAAGUACCAAGAUACCCCUAAGGCUCCUACUGUUUCACAUUAUGGUGCCCUCCAGACAUCCUUUUUAUUGUGCAUUCAUGAUUAUUUCUGUUCAUGAAGGUAUUGCGGUGGUUAUAUGUUAUCCUGUUUUCAACGCUGUUUGUACCUGCAAACAUUUUGGGGUGGUCAUACUGCUUGACUUCCAAUGAAUGCAUAUCCUGUACCUCUUGCUGAAAUCUCACCAAGUUUGAUAUUAUAAAUGUUCUAGUUUAUUUUCGUCCUGCUUUGGUUGUGCUAUAACCCCUCUGGGCAGCAAUAAUGUGAUAGCAUUGAGGAAGCAUUACAGAACAAAUAAAGCAGAAUUUAUAGUC